GCCUGUGUCCACCGGCGGAAGAAGGUUUGUUUUGGUGCCGCUGCUGCUGCUGCUCGUGUCCAACGUGUGUCUUUACGUCUCCUGUAAUGAGCUCUGUAAUUUUACCAGCAACAGUCAUAAUGUCAACUGUGGAGAGCCACAUAGACGAAGACGGUCCGGAGGAAGAGCGGAGAGCGACCAAAAGAAAGAUUUCUCUGUCCAGUUGUGGUGUCUGUGGAUGCAAGGAGGCGAAGUACACAUGUCCUGCCUGUCAGGCCCACACCUGCAGCUUGCAGUGUGUGAGUAAACACAAGGAUGACUCGGGAUGCAGUGGAGUUAGAGAUAAAACGACCUUUGUGCCCCUGUCACACUUUGAUGAAAUGGCACUUCUUAGUGACUACAGGUUUCUGGAGGAUACAGGACGAUUUGCUGAUGGUGCCACCAGAGACAGUCUCAUCCGGACUCCUCGUACCACUUCAAAGGCAAAGAAGCUGGCAUCCUGUGCAAGAAAGAUGAACAUCAUCUUGAGAUUCCUCCCAGUCACCUUCACAAGGAGCAGAGAAAACUCCACCGUCUUCUAUGCAAAAGAACAACUCUUCAUGUGGCACCUGAAGCUCAUUUUCCCUCAGAGCAGUGCAGAGUUCAGCCAGAGGAGGGUGUCUGACAAGCAAACCCUGGAGCAGAUCUUGACUCCUUAUAUCCACCCUACAGAGUCUGACCCUGUGACACGACAAAAGUUGAAGAUGUAUGUGAAUGCUCCGUUUGAACAUGUUAAAGUCUUCAUGAAAGCAGAGGGGAGAAAAGCAAACUCUGUGAGGUACAAUGAGUUGGACAUUCAUAAGAGCCUAAGGGACAACCUCAGAUACAAAAUGCUGAUUGAAUAUCCUGUGCUGCAUGUCGUACUGAGAGAUCAUUGGAAGGAGUAUCCUCAGAAAGGACCAGCUGAACCUGUGUCGGCCUGCAGUAGUUGUGUAACUAAGAACAAGGGGGUGGACCACAAGAGGGAGGAAGUGACCCAAGUUUCACCAUCCCAAAAAGGAGCUUGCACCCCGGGAGAAACCAACAUCUGGACAGGAACCCCAGAGACCAGCCCUGAAACUGAACCCCCACAAGAGAAAAGAGCCAAGAGAGAAGUUGGCCAGGAAGAGCCAGAGGAGGGAGAGAUCGUAGACAGCGGUGAUGAAGAGGAGGAAGAAGGAAAUGCUGGCGUUGAUACCUCGUGUGUUAAGAGCUCUGACGGUGCCAAAAGCUCUGCUAAUGAGUUGAUUAAAGAUGAACCAGCACACAGUUAAUGUUGAAGCUGGUGUGAUUGAACACAGGGACAUUGGCAGGGCUCGGUGUGUAAAUUAGACCAUCAGCGGGUUCACUGAUGACAGUUCAGCUGCCAGAGGGAGUGCUGAGGUCAGCAUGAGUAAGAAGGACGCUGCGAAGAAGCCGAGGCCUGUUCAUACCCGUCACUGUCAUGAUGACAAUGAGUCAGCUAAGGCUGCUGACAGCUGUGUAUUAGAAUGAGAACGCCCAGAUGUUCAGCAGGACAUUAAUUUGGAGGCAGACAUAUCUGACAGGAAGUCAUUAAUCUUGUGUCAGUGUGCAGUGGACCAGUGCAGCCUGACAGUGUUUUCAGUUGUUUUCUACAGAUUGUUUUAAGAAAGAACACUGGUAGUGUUGUAUGUAUGUCAUUGUUUAUAAAGUAAACAUUUCAGUGUCAACAUGUAUAAUUAAGAUUUAGCUGAUUUGACAUUCUUUAAUAAAGACAAUUUUUUGGAAAA